UAACUCACUCAAACCUUCUUUCUUUCUCUCUCUCAACUUUUCUUUUCUUUCCUUUCUCCAACAUUUCCUUUUGUAUCAAAUGGAAAGAAACCAGCAACUUCGAAGACAACUUGCAGCCAUGAGACAGUCUCUCUUUGAUCAGGGAUACCUUGAUGAACAGUUCAUCCAGUUGGAGGAGCUUCAAGAUGAUGCUAACCCUAAUUUUGUAGAGGAAGUUGUUACAUUGUAUUACCGAGAUUCAGCCAGGCUAAUCACUAAUAUAGACCAGGCAAUGGAGAAGAACCCUCCUGACUUUAACAAGUUAGAUGGAUAUAUGCAUCAGUUUAAGGGAAGCAGCUCAAGCAUUGGAGCCAAAAAGGUGAAAGCUGAAAGCACACAGUUUAGAGAAUAUUGCAAGGCAGGAAAUGGAGAAGGAUGCAUAAGGACUUUCCAGCAACUGAAGAAGGAAUAUGCAACACUGAAGAAGAAACUUGAAGCUUAUUUUCAGCUAGCGAGACAAGCAGGGCCCACGGAGAUUGCUUGCCAUCGCAAGUAAUUGAUCACAAGUGAGUGCAAUGAAAAUGUGAAAUGUUGUUAUUGGACUUUGUGCUGUAUCGUGUAGGAGCUAAGUGGUGAAAAUGGAAGAAAUGAAAGGGCUUUUUCGGUUGGAUUGAUGAGUGAUUUUAAUCCUUAUAUAUGUAUUAGAUUUGGUUUCUUGAAUGAAACUUUUGCUCUUUAUAUUUGCCUUCUCACUUUGACAAAAGAUACAAAAGCCCUGUAAUGUCUUACAUGAAUUAUAU